UUUAGAAUUAAUGAAGACAGCGGAGAAGUCACGGUGAUCAUAGAUGAUCUGGCUGCAGGGGAGUGUGGAAUUCAGCUUCGGGCAGAGCAGGCUGACAACGACCUCCGUUUUGCCACGGCAACCCUUGAACUCACCAUCGCAGACGUCGAUUCAUCAUGCCCUACUUUCCAGACAAAACGCUCACGGGCAGAAUCGACCCUCCGGACAAAGUUGCGUACAUCAUCAAUGGCGUCACAAGGUUGACACUUGAAGUCCGUGAUGACGAUACGGAAUUCAUCGGAAACAUAACCCUUGCAGACAACAGCCAGCCAUUUGAGUUGGUUGCAGUCGACCCAGACACGAAUCCACGACGUCUUUACUUUAAAGUGACAGAUCCGUCUUCCUUGGUACUCAACAAAACCUUCAACCUCCAGGUUGAAGUGAGAACCGAUAACUGCUCGAAUGCAGACGUGGCAGACGUUAGUAUCUCGGUAAUGAACUUGGAACCGGCUUUUACUGAAGCUAGAUACGAAACCAGCAUUUUGGAGGAACAAGUUUACGACACUUCUAUACUAAAGGUGACUGCCGAAUCCACAGGCGUAGCGGGAGGCAUUGCCUACAUCUUGAAGUCAGCCACGGAUGGUGGAGAGAAUUACUUCUCAGUAGGCAGAUCGACUGGUGAGAUCACUGUUCCUGUGAAGACGGAUGCUGAGGAAGUGGAGAGGUUUAUUCUCUUCAUCGAAGCUCAGGAUAGCUCGUGGGAUCCAGCAAGAAUCUCAUUCGCCAACGUCUACGUCACGGUUAAUGACACAAACGACAAUGACCCGGUGUUUAUUAGCACGCCGCCAGAUAAGUGCAUACCAGAAGACUACAACAUAGGUCGACGCGUGCUAACUGUCACGGCUACCGAUGCGGAUAAGGAUGAUGUUUUGGCAUACAGGCUCGAGACGACAGGCUUGCCCUUCGUCAUAGACAAAGAGACAGGUGAGAUCACCUUGAAUGAGACUCUGGAUGUAGACGCUCCAGGCAGUCAAACGAAUUACACAUUUGCCGUCGUUGUUUCCGAUGGGAAUGUAGAUCAUAACCAGUCAGUCACUGUCACCAUUUGUGUGACUGAUGUCAAUGACAACGCGCCGGAGUUUGAUGCCGCAUACGAAUGGGAUUUACCCGAAGAGGAGGAGAUAGACUACCGAGUGUUUCAGGUUUCCGCUACCGACGCCGAUGAGGGCGCUGUCAUUACCUACACUUUGGGGUACACAUCUUACAGCAAAUACACAUUUCGAAUCCUGGAUGAUAAGGUUGGGAACAUCACAGUCAAUGGAACCUUCGACCGUGAGGAGCAAAGUGUAGUCGAGGUCAUUGUGGGAGCAAGUGAUGGAAAAACAUCCCAGCCUUCACCACGGUUAGGUUUAUUAUUCAAGAUGUUAAUGAUGAGCCGCCGAUCUUCGACCCCACAAUGACCUGCGUGACGUCAUCUCCUUUCCGUAUCAGCGAGGACACUGUUGUCGGUACAGUCGUCUGUCAGUUCAGGGCUACUGAUGGCGACG